GACCCGCAGCAGGAGAGGAAACAACCAACUUGCCGGGGUCUCAUCCUAGAGAUGCGCGCGCAAAACCUCUGAUUCCUCCUCCUCCUCCUCCUCCUCCUCCUCCUCCCCCCCAUCAUCCCUCACCUCACCGGGAACAUCCAAACAGCCUACGACGGGCAGGGAGGCAAGACGGGAGGCAGGAAGGAAGGAAGGAAGGAAGGAAGGCACGAAGGACAUACAGAGGAUUGACACAAGCCGGUCACGAUGCGCGGAUCUCCCCGCCACGGGACCCGCGUGGGACUGAUGGUGCUGCUGAACGCGCUGCUGCUGCUGCUGGCGUCGCGGGCUGCGGAGAGACAGGAGUCCACGGACCAUGUUGUGGUCCAGUUCCACGACGAGGCGCCGGAGGAGGACGCGCGCCAACUUGCAGCACAACACGGGUACCAGAGUGCACGCAAGGUUGCCUUCGGAAAGGGGCUCUACCACUUCUACCCCCAAGACGCUUCCAGGAGGCGGAGCAAACGUGGCGCCGCCAGCAGACAGCGGCUCCAAAACGACGGCAGGGUGAAGAAGGUUGUGGAGCAAGAGGGCUUCAGCCGCCAGAAGCGAGGCUACCGAAAUUUAAACGAGAUGGAAGUCAACAUGAGCGACCCGCUGUUCGCCAAGCAGUGGUACCUGAUCAACACGGGCCAAGCAGACGGGACGCCCGGCCUGGACCUCAACGUGGCCGAGGCCUGGCAGCUGGGCUACACGGGGCGAGGCGUCACCAUCGCCAUCAUGGAUGACGGCAUCGACUACCUGCAUCCCGACCUGGCAUCAAAUUACAACGCAGAUGCCAGCUACGACUUCAGCAGCAACGACCCGUACCCAUUUCCACGCUACACAGAUGACUGGUUCAACAGUCACGGAACCAGAUGUGCCGGGGAGGUGUCGGCGGCCGCCAACAACAACAUUUGCGGUGUGGGCGUGGCCUACAACUCCAAAGUGGCAGGCAUUCGGAUGUUGGACCAGCCAUUCAUGACGGACAUCAUUGAGGCGUCAUCCAUCAGCCACAUGCCCCAGGUCAUUGACAUCUACAGCGCCAGCUGGGGGCCCACCGACGACGGCAAGACCGUGGACGGCCCCCGAGAGUUGACCCUUCAGGCUAUGGCUGAUGGGGUCAACAAGGGCCGAGGAGGGAAGGGCAGCAUCUACGUGUGGGCAUCAGGAGAUGGCGGUAGCUACGAUGACUGCAACUGUGACGGUUACGCCUCCAGUAUGUGGACCAUUUCCAUCAACUCGGCCAUCAACGAUGGACGCACGGCGUUGUACGAUGAGAGCUGCUCCUCCACCCUGGCGUCCACCUUCAGCAACGGACGCAAGAGGAACCCGGAGGCUGGCGUGGCCACCACAGACCUGUACGGGAACUGCACGCUGCGUCACUCGGGAACAUCGGCGGCGGCUCCCGAGGCUGCCGGCGUCUUCGCUCUGGCCCUGGAGGCUAACCCGGAGCUGACAUGGAGGGACAUGCAGCACCUCUCAGUGCUGACCUCCAAGAGGAACCAGCUCCACGACGAGGUCCACCAGUGGAGGAGGAACGGCGUGGGCCUGGAGUUCAACCACCUGUUCGGCUACGGCGUGUUGGAUGCGGGCGGCAUGGUGAAAAUGGCCAAAGAGUGGAAGACGGUGCCCGAGCGGUUCCACUGCGUGGCCGGAUCCAUCCAGGAGAACCAUAAAAUCCAGUCCGGCACCAAGCUGGUGCUGGCCAUCCCAACCGAGGCCUGCCAGGGCAAGGACAACUUCGUGCGCUACCUGGAGCACGUCCAGGCGGUGAUCACCGUCAACGCCAGCCGCCGCGGCGACCUCAACAUCAACAUGACCUCGCCCAUGGGCACCAAGUCCAUCCUUCUGAGCCGACGGCCCCGCGACAACGACUCCAAAGUGGGCUUCGACAAGUGGCCCUUCAUGACCACCCACACCUGGGGCGAGGACCCGCGUGGGACCUGGGUGCUGGAGGUGGGCUUUCACGGCGACGAGCUCCAGCGGGGCGUCCUCAAGGAGUGGACUCUCAUGCUGCACGGAACACAAAGUGCGCCUUACAUCGAGCAGAAGGUGCGCGACUACCAGUCCAAGCUGGCCAUGUCCAAGAAGGAGGAGCUGGAGGAGGAGCUGGACGAGGCCGUGGAGAGAAGCUUGAAGAGCUUGCUGAGUCAAAACAACUGACGCCCCGCCUGCAUGCCCCCAACUCGCUCUCAUCUCGUCCUGACCCCCAUCUUUCUCUUCUGCCCCCCCCCCCCACUCUGCUUUUUCUACAUUCAAUGAAUGUUCAAUGUUAGCGACUCCAGUGUAACCUUCAGUAACCUUCACAGAGGAACAUCAUCAUUUUUACACUUGAACAGAACUGUACAUAACGCUCCGGCUUGAUCGCCCCGCCCCGCCUCCCUCUCUCUCUCUGUUGUACAGUUUGUGACUGUGAAGGAUUCCGUGUCCUGCCAACGGAGCGCUGAUACUUUUACUUCUGUUGAUAUUUUUGUGACAUGCUCCGUUCGUACGAACGCGGAGAGGAACGUGUCCUUCAUCUGCAGCCUGUGCUUGGCCUCCUUCCAUGUGCUCUCAUAAUAAACAUAUUUAGCUGUUUAUUAAAGCGCUCCAGUCAUUUGGAAGCACGGCUGCUGUUACGGGGGGCUCGGGUUCAGAUAUCAAAGUACAGCUGCUGGGACCGGUUGGACCAGUUGGACCAGUUGGAUCCAGACACGGGGCCUCGCCGCUGACCCACAUAGGGGAGAGGUACCACCUGAAAACAGCAUGGCGGCGUUGGCACUUCCUAGUUGGAGGCUUCUUCCUUCUGCCAGGUUAUGGACCGAAGUCCAGCGCUGACCUUUGAGACUCUUCCAGACUCUCAGCGAGUCCAAGUGGUCUCUUCUUGGACUCGCCAACCAACUGGUAGGUUUCACUGGCCAAUACAUCCCAUACUCUUCUAGCAUUACUCUUAAACCAAGUCUGGAGAUGCCAUUUUUAAAUAAUGCUGUGAAUAAUAAUGCAUUAAGGAUGCUAACUCGUUCAUUUAAUUAUGUUAAUUGAAUAUGUUUUUACCAUGGAGAUGGUUGCGUGUUGCCUUCAACUUUAUUCCUACCUGAAGACAUCGACAGAAAGGAUCCGACACCUUAUAUCUCCUACUAGCAAACACUUCCUCAUCCCCCCCCCC